CCCUAAACCCCCCUCUCGCUCUCUCGCUAUUUAUAGAGAGAGAAACAUACACUGAGUCAACAUUUCUAGUGAGAGAAACAACUCAGAACCCAACAAAACACAAAACAAAACAAAACGAAACCCAGUUUUCUUACAGCCUCAAAAGCAUGGCCACUCACUUGCCUGAUGAUUUCAAGUGUCCAAUUUCUCUAGAAAUCAUGUCCGACCCGGUUAUUCUUUCUUCGGGUCACACCUUUGACCGCUCCUCAAUUCAACGGUGGCUCGACUCCGGCCACCGUACCUGUCCAAUUACCAAACUCCCCUUGCCUGAGCACCCUUGUCUUAUCCCCAACCACGCCUUGAGAAGCCUGAUUUCCAGCUUCACCAUCCCAAAAUCACAACCAGACCCCAACCCGUGUCGGAACCUGAACCCGGACCAAUCGAAGAAAUACCAAACCCAGCUUCUAAUCUACACUCUCGUGUCCCCAUCUUCGACGCUGGAGUCGAAGCUUCACUCGCUGAGUCAACUCACUAGACUCACCAAGAUGGACUCGGGACCCCGCCGCCAACUUACCGAGUCCGGUGCUGUCUCAGCGGUUCUAAACUGUGUCAACUCGACCGAGUCGGAAAUCCAAGAGAAAGCGCUUGCACUCCUCCUUAAUCUCUCUCUUGAUGAUGAUAACAAGGUGGGCCUUGUCGCUGAAGGUGUAAUUAGUCGGGUCAUAAAUGUUAUACGGGCUGGGUCGGCAAGUUCCCGGGCCAUCGGUUGCACAAUUUUGACGAGCUUGGCUGUUGUGGAAGUAAACAAAGCUACAAUCGGAGCCUACCCAAAUGCGAUAAAAACGCUUAUUUGGGUUCUUUAUAGUGGCAAAGGGCGUGAAGUGAGAGAAGCAGCCACUGCAUUGUAUGCAAUUUGUUCAUUUGUUGAUAAUAGGAAGCGUGCUGUGGAGUGUGGGGCUGUGCCACUUUUGAUGAAAAUUGGUGGGAUGGGGCUGGAAAGAGCGGUGGAAGUUUUGAGUUUGUUGGUGAAAUGUAAGGAAGGGAGGGAAGAAAUGAGGAAGGUUAAUGGGUGUUUGGAGGUUUUGGUUAAGGUCAUUAGGAAUGGGAGUGAAAGAGGGGUGCAAUGCGCGCUUUUGACAUUGAGUUGUUUGUGUUGUUUCGCGGAGGAAAUGCGUGCUGAGGCGGAAAAAGAAGGGGUUUUGGAGAUUUGUGUUGGGUUUUUGGAUGACGAGAAUGAGAAAAUUAGAAGACAUGCUUCAAGUUUGGUGCAAACUUUAAGUGGUAGGGGGUAGCAUGAAGAGAUUGUUGGUGGAGGGUGAAGAGUCUUUUGAGGGAUGGAGGUGGAUUUUGGGGUUUGUUUUGGGGAUAUGGGCUUAUUUGGGUUUGUUGGAUAGUUUCGUGUACAAACAAAGGAAUCGGAGGUUUGAUAGGGGAUAUGGGAUAUGUUUCUCUUUUCUUUUCUUUUUAGAUUUGUAAAUUUUAAUAAGUCAAAUCUCUGAAAUUUAAUGGUUGUAGUUGAAAAGGUUUCAAAUUGGAAAA